AUGGAAAGUGCCAGUGACUAUUUGUGGGUGGCAAUGUUUAGAUUGAGAAAUGCAGAUUCUCCCAAUGAGGUAUUGCCAGCCCCCAACCUUACACUGUUAAAAGUUCAUGAUUGCCUUCGUCUCAAGUCACUUCCUGAAAACAUGGAUACGCUCCUCCCAUCUCUUCAAAUUUUGGAUAUCGCAAACUGUCAACAAGUUGAGUCUUUUCCAGAAGGUUUGCCAACCAAUAUGAAUUGUCUUGCCAUCGAUGCUUCUGAGAAACUCAUUGCCAAAAGGAAGCAGUGGGAUGACCUUAGUUUCUUGAAAACUCUGGCUGUUGGAAGUAGGGCAGAAUUGAUAAAAAAUUUGAGAAUGGAAAGUGCCAAUGACUAUUUGUGGGUGGCAAUGUUUAGAUUGAGAAAUGCAGACAAGGGUCCAGAGGCGCAAAGAGCAGGAAAACCAGCUGCUGGCUCAAUAUUGCUCAGGAUGAGGCUCACUGACUACACUAAAAAAUCUUCAAAGUUUUGUAGUCUCGAAAUCAACAUGAGUGGCAACAUCAAGUCUCUUUCAGUUUGGGAGGGACAUGAACUUGUUAUCCUAGCUUCGGAAAUUAAGGAGUGCCUUAAUUUUGCAGAUUCUCCUAGUGGGGGAUUGCCAGCCCCCAACCUUUCACUGUUAAAUGUCCAUGAUUGGCUUCAUCUCAAGCCAGUUCCUGAAAACAUGGAUAUGCUCCUCCCAUCUCUUCAAAUUUUGGAUAUCGCAUACUGCUAA